UCCCGACCACUACCUGACCUCUUGACCGUAACGCGGAGAGGCGAAGCGCUUACCCUUGGAGCAUCUUUCGCUCCGACUUGAGCUUGGGGUCCUGCCAUCUUUGACCCCUUAUCCUACAAUCCUUCCAGUGAACAACAUUUCCUCAUGAUGUCACAAUCCGGGUACCCCGUGUCCAACCAGUUUGGCAACCCUAACGAAGGGGUUGACCCAUCGGACCUUAGCAUGCAGGGCAGCGGAUUCAUGUCGUAUCCCUUUACAUCACAACAGAACUUCAAUUUUGGGAAUUCGGGCAUCGAUACAGACGAGCUGUUGGAUCUGGAGAUUAACGGACAGAAUGGCAUGCAGCAGAAUUUUCUGCAAGACCAGCACUCGAGCGCUGGGAUCUCCAUGAGUCAUCCGGGCCAGAUGUCUCAGAUGUACUCCAAUACGCCGGAUGGGGCUCCCAUGCACAGCCCUUUCAUGCAUGGAUUUAAUUAUGACCAUUUCCGGAACAUGAGCCAACCCGGACAACCUGGCUCUCACCUCCAGGGUGGAUCCCAUUUUGAACAGAGCUACCUCAGCUCGAAAGGCCGGCCUAGCUUGCAGGCGGUCGACCGCGCAUCGCUCGAUGCACGCAGCCCGAUGACCCCCAAGACCCCUGCCCUGGGUGGAUUGACGCUCGGAACCCCGGAGUCCGGAAGUUUCCCUACUCAGCCCAUCCGGACAGGCCUCCAGCACCGCCACCAAAAGACGUUGUCGAACCAAUGGGACGGCACGCCAGGCAGUGCGCAUUCGUUUGUGGAGUCCCCUAUCUCUUCUCCAGGUCACCCCUCGCACCAUGCCGGGAUCUCCGAAAUCCUCAAGUCUGGCAAGCAUGCUUCCUUGCCGGCCAAGGUGGAUGCGCACAUGCCCGGCAGUGCCCAGGAUUUGGAGUCCCAGGAGGCGAAGCGACGCCGUCGUCGGGCCUCCCACAACCUGGUUGAGCGCCGCCGGCGCGACAACAUCAACGAGCGCAUCCAGGAUCUCUCGCACCUGGUUCCCCAGCAUCGCCUCGAGGACGACAAAGUCCGGAAGCAGCUGGUGAACAACACUGCAAUGUCUGCCACUGGCGCCCCGUCGAAUGCUGCCACGUCUCUGCUGGCCGGGGGUAAUGGCCGUCGGGCCACCGCUGGUAACAUCACCAUGGGCCUGCCAAUCGAGGAGAAGGAGAAGGGUCCGAACAAAGGCGAUAUCCUCAACGGCGCCGUCGGCUGGAUGCGUGACCUGAUGUGGGCCCUGCAUGUCAAGCUCCAGCAGGAGUCGGAGCUGGCGGAAUUGAUCAGCAGCCUUGGAGGCACCUGGCCGUUUGAACAAACCGAAGAGGAAAAGCGGAUGCGGACCGAGAUCUUGGAUGCGCUGGAGAAGAACGAUCCCACGUCGUUCAGUUACAGCAGAGCGCCCGGAAGCGGACUCCGGGUGCCUAAACACACCAACAUGGCUGGAGACUCCGUGGCGGGCAAUGGGGCUUUGAGCCCCCAGAGCCUGAGCCCGCCGUUCACCAGCGGCGGCAGCAGCAACGGCGGAGGCACUGGGCAGGCUCAGUACUGGAGUAGCUCGGGCCACGCCGGCAUGAGUUUCAAGGAGGAGGAUGAGUACGCGAUGGAAAUGAAUUAGAUGCUCGACGCUCGGGCUUCCAUUUCUUCUCUGGCAUGUCAUGACCUGUUGCAUACAAGGCGUCAAACGGAUGGGUGGUUGACCGGCGUACGCGGAAGUCUUGGCACUUCAUCGAGGCUAAUGGUCUUGUU